UCUCGUCAGUUCCAGCAGCAAUGUGCAAAAUCGAGCAAGGCCUGUACUUGCUCUUAUCUGGUAAUUUUUAAUAUCAAAAUGCCUGGUUAUGCCUGGUCACAAUAUACAUCCAUCUGCUGGCAGCCUACCAGCAAUCUCCCGACUGGCCAUGACUUCUUGCAACACCAUCACGGACUAUGGACAUCGAAUCUCGAAUUGAAGAAAUGUGCAAAGCACUAUCAUCAGCGUCCAUUUGGCUGGAGGGACUUUUCUCAGGGAAGAAACGGAACCACCCAGAUCACCAACCAGCCGACGAUCCACCACCAUCACCACCACCAUCACCGCCACCGCCACCAUCCCAGCUGCCACGCGAGACCUCCUUUCGCUUGCUUGGGUCGUGUGUCUUGGAGUUUUGGCUUGGUCUCUUCACUCCACCCCGCUCCCCACGGGCUUGGAUGGAGAAGGUAUAUUGUUGUGCAUCUCUCCUUUCGCACAGCCAUCUUUAACGAUCCGUCCUUGACAGUCUAGAAUUUCUUCCCGUCUCUAUACCUUACAGAUCCUUUUUCACUUCUUAAAACAUCCGCAUCGCAUCAAACUUGGCCCGGAUAAUCCUCGUGGCUUCAUCUCCAGCACCUCCAACAAGCCCCUAAGCCACGCAUUUACACCAACCGCACAACACCUCCUAAUCCAGCACCCACCCCGCUCUCACCUGAAAACCCGAACCCAAGAUAUGUCAUGUGGCGCUCCUCUCGAUGAAACCUCUCUCCCUCGGUGAUUCCCAGGGAAAAAGCAAGCACUAGCCCCCUACCACCACCGGGCCGAGAAAGUGUCCGAGAUCGAAUCCUUCCGCUGCAAGUUUGCAAGUUGCAACCCCCUUUUCA